AUGAAGGAAUACAUCUCAAAAGGGCACGCUAAAGUAGUUCAAGUGGAUAAACAAAAUACACAGGACAAGUCACUCAAAAAACUGGUUUGGUAUCUGCCUCAUCACCCUGUGACACACCCGCAAAAACCAGAAAAGACAAGAAUCGUUUUUGACUGUGCUGCGAAGUUCCACAACGCAUCCCUAAAUAAUCAGCUUCUUCAAGGACCAGAUUAUACCAAUUCAUUAGUUGGUGUAUUGUUGCGGUUCAGGCAGGAAAAGAUAGCGGUAAUGGCAGAUAUUGAGAAGAUGUUCCAUCAGGUGAAGGUUAAGCCAGAAGACUGUAAUGCACUGAGAUUUCUAUGGUGGCCAGAGGGAGAUCUAUCCAAAGAACCAUUGUUGUUCUUACGCGUUAAAAGAACAGCUUCAGAUAAUCGGGAAGAAUUCAGCAAACAAGUUGUCGACACAGUUGAUCGUAACUUUUAUGUAGAUGACUGUCUCAAGUCUUUACCAGAAAGGAAAGAAGCAAUGAAGUUGGUAGACGAACUACCAGUUUUGCUGUCUCGCGGUGGAUUCCAUCUCACAAAGUGGGUGUCAAAUGAUCGAGAAGUCUUAUCUCACGUACCUAACAAAGAAAGAGCGCCAUGCGUCAGCCUUCAGUUGGAGAAGUUGCCGAUGGAGAAAGCAUUGGGCGUUCAGUGGAAUACGGAAAGGGACACGUUGGGAUUCCGGGGAAGCAAAUUGAAAGCAGAGUCAAGAAGAGGGAUUCUAUCGUUCAUAGCUUCGGUCUACGAUCCCCUUGGUCUAGUCGCUCCUGUCGUUUUACCAGCCAAACGCAUAAUGCAAAACCUGUGUCGAGUAAAUCACGGCUGGGACGAAGAUCUCCCAAUCGAGACAAGCGAAAUAUGGCAUGACUGGCAAAGCGAAUUCCAUUCCCUUGUGAAAUUAGAAAUACCUCGAUGCUAUAAACCGCACGAAUUUAACAAGACAAGGAAUGCGGAACUCCACUAUUUUGCUGACGCAUCGACUGAAGGAUAUGGGGUAGCAACGUACCUUCGGCUGGAAGAUACCCAAGGAAGGAUUCAUUGUACCUUAGUUAUGGGCAAAUCAAGAGUUGCACCUCUUAAAACAGUCACGGUACCCAGAUUGGAACUAACCGCUGCAACAUUGGCCGUGAAGCUGAAUAAACAAAUUUGUGAUGAGUUGGAUCUGUCAAUAAGUCAAAUUGUUUUCUGGAGCGAUUCAAUGAUAGUGCUGCGUUACAUUAAGAGCGAGAACAAAAGGUUUCAAACCUUUGUAGCGAAUCGAUUACAAGUUAUUCACGAUGCUUCUACUCCGAAUCAAUGGAGACAUGUGCCAACCAAGCUCAACCCAGCCGACCUUGCAUCAAGAGGUAUAAGUCUUGGUCGCGCAACAGGCCAAGACCAACAGGACUUGCAGUUUUGGUUGAACGGACCCGAUUUCCUUUGGAAAGAUCCCAAAUUAUGGCCAACGCAGCUAGAUGACAUACCAGACGUAGAAGACACAGAUGUGGAAGUAAAGAAACCUAAAGCAAGAGUUGGUGCCGUCAUCAACUCAAAGGAUGCACCCUGA